ACACAUGAAUAAUUCAUGGUGGCAACCGGCAGGCACGGUGAAAGUGAAAACUGAUAUGCUCUUAAACUUCACUAGUCAUAUAGUAGGAAAUGGAAAUAACCCACAGAAGUAGCAUUCUGUGCUGCUAACUAUUUCAAGGAAUGUUUUAUUUUCUUAUUUCCUGCACGUUACAGUGUCUCAUUAUUCAGUAUGUAAUAGGACAAAAGUGUAUGCACGUGUGCGCGUGCGUGUGCAUGUGCGCGCGCGCGUGAUUGUCCCCUGGUCUGUUUCAUUCCUCCACUGAGAAAGCAUCAACUAUGCAUGGCAGGGACUGUGUCAAGGUGGCUGUUAGAGUCCGACCGUUCAACAAGAGGGAAAGGGAUGCAGGCAGCCGCUGCGUCGUUACCAUGACAGCGAGUUCCAUCAGCAUCCAGGACCCACGUGACUCUCAGUGCCGCCGCUCCUUCUGCUUCGACUACGCCUACUGGUCCCACAGUGGCUAUGUCGUCCAGGACCGCACUGGCCUCUACCUGCCCGAGGAGGCGGGCGGACGCUAUGCAGACCAGGAAUGUGUGUUCCAGGACCUUGGAGAAGGAAUACUAGAGAAUGCACUCCAGGGUUACAACGCCACCCUGCUGGCUUACGGACAGACUGGCUCUGGCAAAAGUUACUCGAUGGUGGGUUACAGGCCCAAUAAAGGCCUGGUUCCCAAACUGUGUGAUCGACUCUUUGAAGCCAUUAAAGAAAACCAGGACACGAGACAAUGCCAGGUCUUCUUCAGUAUGUUGGAAAUAUACAAUGAGCAGGUGGUGGAUCUGCUGUCCCGUGGUUCUCGUCCUCCUGGGGGGCUCCGGGUUCGAGAGGAGCAGCACAGGGGCUUCUAUGUGGAGGGUCUGCGUACAGUCCCUUGUGAUAGUGCAGCACAGGUGGAGCAGCUGAUGGAGCAGGGCACCAGAACCAGAACCACCGCGGCCACGCACAUGAACACAAACAGCAGCCGCUCACACAUGCUCAUUGUGCUACAGCUCAAACAGAUCUUACCUCAAGAGAGUGUCACCAAACAGUCCAACAUUAACCUGGUAGACCUGGCAGGAAGCGAGCGUCAGAGAUCGGCGUCGUCCGAGGCCGACCGUCUCAAGGAGGGGAUGGCCAUCAACCUGAGCCUCACCACUCUGGGCAACGUCAUCAGCGCCCUCGCUGACAUGGCUGUGGGGAGGAAGGUGGUGCAUGUUCCCUACAGGGAUUCAGUUCUCACGAAACUGCUGCAAUCUGCUUUGGGAGGAAACAGCCGGACUGUUAUGAUUGCAACUCUGAGCCCUGCUGACAUCUGCUACGAGGAGUCUCUGUCCACACUUCGCUAUGCUGAGAGGGCAAAGCACAUCCAGAACCGCCCCGUAGUGAACGAACGCCCCACCGAGCGUCUGGUCAAAGAACUCAAAGCUGAGAACGCCAGACUGAUGCAACGACUCAGUCGGCUGGGCCACGAUGGACGCAGCGCCGAUGACGAAACCAAGGAGAUCCGUCAGCUGCUGACACACAAUGAGCUCCAGAUCAGAACCAUUCAGACUUUGUGGGAGCAACAUCUGCAGGAGGCGCUUAGGGACUGGGAGCAACAGUAUGCCAACAUCACACAGGAGAGGAGAAUGAUGCAGAUGCAUCCUUACAUCCUGAACAUCAACGAGGACGCUCAGCUCUCUGGUGUGGUUAAGCUGUUCAUCCAAGAGGGCGAUUGGGAGAUUGGCCUCAGUGAAGCCAGUCCCAGAUCCAUCUCCAUCAAGGGUUUAGGCAUCCAGCAGCGCCACCUCAUAUUGAAGAACAAACAGCGGCGAGUUAUGCUCACCCCACUCAAGGGGUCCAAGGUGACCAUCAAUGGGAGAGCGGUUUCUCAGACAACUGAGCUGCAGCACCUGGACCGACUCAUUCUCGGCUCCAACUGCACUUACCUUUAUAUCGGUUUCCCGUCCGAGAGGGUGGCUAACGACUGGAGUUGCUACGACUAUGACUACUUCCUGUCAGAGUUGGCUGCGGCUGAGGGCAUCCACUUGGGUGAAAGCAGCACAGAUUCCUGUCAGACGGAUCCGAGUAUACUGGCCGUCUUUUAUGACUACAUCAAAUUAAUGCCCCUGGUGGCUGAAGCCAACCAGAUGAGCCAGGAACUUAAUAAGGGUGUGGAGUUCAAACUGGAGAUUAAGAAUCUGGUGCUGUCUGACUCAAAAGGACAUGACCUGGAGAAAGAGAUCGUAUGUAGAGUCACCUCAAAGCACACCCAACAGGUAUGGAUGUGGUCGAAGGCAAAAUUUGUUAACCGCAAAUUCCUGAUGGAAGAAAUCUACCAGCAACAUCUGGAUGAGAUGAAAGGCGAACAACCAGGAGAGGGUCUUUCCAUUGCUGCCCUGCCCAGAGACAAAGACCCUUUUUGGGAUCCGGUUGAGCCGCUGCUCCUGGGCACCGCUCACCUUUGGCUGCAAUCUUUGGCCUUCCGUAUUCCUAUGGACGAGCAACUGGAGGUGCUCGGCUCUGAAGGUAGUGAGGAGGCCAUUCUGCAAGCAAAGCUGAUUCCUUGCACCUCCGAUGGAUUGCCCCUGGGCGAAGACGACAUCCUCAUCGACCCGUCCGAGCUGCUCGGUCGCCGUCUUGACGUCCAGCUUGUUGUGGAGCAGUGUUUCGGUCUGCGCUGGAUAAGAGACGCUCGCAGUCGAGGCGUUCAGAUUGGGUUCAGUCCUUUGGACAGCGUCGGUCGUCUCUACACGCCGGCUGUAUGGCACCACAUCAACCCCGUGCUGCAUCACAAAGUGCACUUUGCCUCUUUUCACGUCUCACAGCAGCUACUCAACCACCUUCAGAGCAGUGCUAUGCUUUUGGAGCUUUGGGGGCUUCAAGAGGGCUGCACUUGCUUGGUAUCACCUGCGGAGGGCGCUAGAGUGAGCCCAGAAGGCAUUUUCAUCAUCGAUGAGAGUGGCGUGGCUGAUAAUCCUGCAAAUAGCGGAGAGCCGAACAGUGCACGGAGCAGACUUCAGAGGGACCUUGAAGAACAGAAAAGAGUCAACAGCCACCUGGUGAAGGAGAAUCAACGUUUAAGAGGACAACUCAACGCGGCCACCAACGGUGGCGACAGCGGGCGGAGUCACUCGUUUCGGCAGAGUUGCGACGCAGAGUUCGCCCGCUCGCUGAAGCAGUUCUACCAUAACAUGACGUCAGUCCGGGUUCAGCUGCAGAGUCUGCGCAGACGCAGGCCCAGCGAGUCAUGUGACCUCCUGGGACUGCAUCUCUUCGUGGAAGAGCACAGCGGCCUACUGAAGGACUUCUCGGAGCAGCUUGAACAAAGCGUGUCCACCCUCAAACACGACAUCGCCGCCAUCGUCCGACGCAAGCGGGAACGAUCGGGAACUGGGUCUUGACUCGCGGAAAUAUCUGUUGAAGCCUUGGUGGGAAAUUGUUGAUUUUAUCUGUGAACCUGCAUUGUUGAAUUAAGAGUAUUCGUAUUUGUACUUAAAAAAAUCUAACUAUAUUGAAUCAACAACACUGGGGACACAUUUUUUGUUGAGUUGGGUCUGUUAGCUCCCCAGUAUUUUUAUUUUUCCGAACCAAUUAGCUAGAUUAAAUUGUCUCUUGCCUCAUUGAAGUCUGCAGAGUCCAUUUUUCACACCUCAAUAAAUGAAAGAGGACACAAAUGUCAGUAAUUCAAAGUACAAGUGUGAAAGUAUUAAAGCCCAUAAAAAAGUUUAUUAAACAGCAUGUAAAAGUAGUUAAAGCAGUUACAAACUGCAAAUAAAUUAAAACACAAACAUAAGUGAGACUUUUCAUUUACAAUGUCACGGUAAGUUUCUGAUCUAGUGUGACAUGAACAUUUCAUGCCACCACAUUUGCACACGUCACAUCCUUCAUUAUAUCACAUCUGGAAAAGGAUGUUGCCGCACCUCACAGCCUCAGAUAAAUGCAAUCAAUUAGGGCUCAGAGAAGAGAGGGCUUUUUUAGUUGUUGCCUUUUUUAACGCAUCUCUUCAUGUCAGUUAUGUUGUGCUUAGACAUCUUAUUUCUAAAGAUCUGUAAAAACACAGAUGCUCCAAAGCGGGAGAGGCAGGAGGCACAUUUAUUCCUGAUGAAGGAUAGUUUGAAGUGUGUGUUACGUGAA